AUGCCAUCUACCCCCCAGGGGUUUGGCCUGCCGGCACAGUAUCGGCAGGUGCCCCAGUAUUCCCAGGGCCAUACGCCCGUGACGUUCAACGCACCGGAAGCCCCACAGUUCCAGCAGCAGUUCUCGUCAUCUGGUCUUUAUCACGGCCAGCAUCUGUCGGUGCCCGACACCUUCCCACCGACACAUUCACAGUCACAUUCCCCCCCGGCGCAGCAACUACAGCCCGGUCACUCCAUGUCUUUCUCACAGCCGGCGGGGCAUCAGAAUUCCAUGUCUGAAUACACCCUCCCGCUAGGGUUUGGGGACGAGAGCUCCGGAAACCCCCCCCGCCAAGUCAACCUUAGCGAGGUGUCCACGGCAACGGACAUCUCGGGCAUCGUGGGCAUCCCGGGCGCCUCGGGCCUCGCGGGCCUGAGAGGCCUCCCGGGCGUCUCGGGCGUCUCGGACCAAUCUGCUAUGAACCCAUUAUUCUUUGGGACUCCUCAGCUAGCGGAUAACUCUCAUAACCAUUCCAUUUACGUCAACCCCUCCGACUUCGACCGUCCGGAGGACUCCAGACCGUUCGAUUAUUUUCGCAAUGAUCUGCAAUUUGUGGUGCCGGCUGCCAAUAAUCGGCCAAUUCCUGCUGCCAAUCAUCAGCCAACGCCCGCUCCCAACCAUCAGCCACCGCCGGCUGCCAAUAAUCAGCCAACGCCCGCCGCGACGUCCAGCAUGGGUGUCACUCCGUCGGUCAUGCACGGUCAUCCUAGACUGCCACCCGCGCCGCCAAAGAGGUUAUUGGAUGCCCGGAAGAAGAAGAAGCCCCGUAAGCCCAAGAGGCGAAACGCAGCCAUACCGUCGCCAUUAGCCAGCAUCGAGGAAGAGGUUGAAGAGGAUUCUGUCUCCGACGAUGAAUCGGACGAGUCGGACCUGGAAAUUGUAGAGCCUGAGGAGCCGUCACCGAUCCCUUCGGCUCGUCCGACCCAACCGGAGUCUCGUGUGGAAUAUGACACCCUCCAAAUUGUGUGGUUCCCCCGGAAUAGACAGCCCGAGGCGGACAAGGUCAGAUCCGCACUCGACGGAUACAAAGAACUGGUCAAGUCGAUCCGGGAUAAGCUGCGGGCAGAUACGCAGGCCCUGAAACGUACGGAGCAGCUACGGGCGGAGCGGGCCUCAUCGCCCGGGCAAGUGCUGAGCAACCAUGCUCUCCUUUGUGGGGCCCAGCUGGAGAUGGAGAGUGCGGAAAACCAGCGGCGAUACAUGGACAUCGUCGUCACUACGACACUAGACAAGGGUCAUCCACUUAUUGUCGAGAAAUUGGGUGAACAUCCUAUGAUCGUGGCCUCCCUCUAUUCUUUCCUCCUGGACCAACAUCAGGCUUCGAAGAUGAACUGUCCCUUGACCGUGAAUAUUCUCAAGUUGCUCUCUCGCUUUGUGACGAUGGACGAAGAUGUUCUUUCCAAAACCAAUAUUGCCAAGUUACUGUCGCGUUAUGUCAAGAAAGGUAGUCCUGUUGUGAAGGAACUUGCACAGAAAGUACUCGACAAUGCGGCCGCCCGCACAGAGCAGAAGCAGGAGACUGCCAAGUCCAGUACCAAAUCAGGGUCUCCCACCAAAAGUGCCACCCCUGCUGGGACCGAGCAGGCGGGGUCGAAACAAUCCCGGGAGAGCGAGAGUGACGGCCAACCAGCGACUAAGAGAACGGUGGUUACUUCCCAGGCCAAGAAUGUUCCUAGGGCCCCGUCAAAUGCCCCGUCGAAUGGUCCUGCCAAGCGCCCAGAAGCUGGGCCAGCCGAUAAACCACCAACGGCCGCCCGUACCCAAAAAGCGCAGGUCGUGGCACCCAAGGUGACCAACCUGUUUGGAACUUUGAGCUCGGCUUCCAAGAGGCCAGGGACGUCGAACGCAGAGAGAGCGGCGGCUGCUGCGGCCAAGACAAACGCUGGCCCCAACAAAAAGCGCCGCGCAGUUCCGAACUCGUGUCCCCCACCCUUCUCUCUGGGUGAUAUUAUGGCGGGCCUGAGCAAGCCCAAGGACCCUAGUCCGGAGGAGCCAGCCGAGGAUACACCCCCUGAGACGGAGGAAGAACGCGAGCAGAGGCUGCGUAAAGAGGCUCGACGGAAAUUGCGUGUCUCAUGGAAGUCAGACAGCGAGCUCACCGAGGUUCGUUUCUUCACUCACGAUCCGGAGGAAGAGCUUGGGCCCGGCGACCGCUCGCGAGAUGUGGGCGACCUCAGGGGUGAGGGCAGCGCGCUCAAGCUCCACCGGGAUCUUGAAUUGGACGAAGACGACGAUGCCAGCCUUCGUGAAGAGAAUAUGCUUGACUACUUUGAGCCGUCCGAAAUUGAUUACACCGGGAUCGGACUGGAGGAUCAAGCCAGGAACUUUUUCAAACGUGGUGGUACUCAGCAGCCUACCAGCCAGGAGAACAAAGCUCAGGAACACCGGGAGGCCAACACACUGAUGGAGAUUUACGCACCUGGGGAUGUGCCGCCCUCACCUAAAGAGCCCCCACUGCCCAGUGAUGAUGAGCCUGCAGUGGAAGUCGUUCCUUUUGGCGAAGUCCCUGAUCAUAUCAAGGCCCGUUCUGAACGGUAUUACUCGAUUGUUCAUCCCAAGCCGCCAAUCCCUGCUCAGACAAACACCCCAAGCGCCCCAAUUGACAUCCCCAAUUUGCUUCGAAUGCUCGGUGGACAGCAGCAACAAUCCACCCCACCGCCGCCACCCCAACCCGCCCAGACUGCAAUGUCGGAUCUGGAGCGGACGGUGAGCAUGCUGUCACAACAACCACCGCAAGCCUCCCAACAGCAGCCGGCCCCUGUGAUGCCGAUGCCACAAUUUACCCCUGAUAUGCAGGCGAUGUUUGCUAUCAUGAAUGCCCAGCAGCAGGCGCAGCCAGCCCUGCAGCCGCAAGUCCCUCCGCCACAGCAGCCAAGCAUUCCGCCCAAUCUCGCCGCUAUCAUCUCUCAGUUUACUGGUCAAAACCAGCAGAACGGAGUCAACUCUUACCAAACCCACGGCUUGCACGAGGACCCCGAACGCAAACGGAUGCGUGAGACGGCCUUUGAUGGCACGGACGAUGAGAGGUACUCCAAGCGGAACAAGCCGAAUCCGCCCAACAAGCAACACCCGAAAGUGGGGUUGGUUCCAUGCCGGUACUGGGCGUCUGGCAAAUGCCGCAAAGGCAGCGAUUGCACCUACCGUCAUGAUCCUUCCUGA